AUGUCUUCGAACCGUGAUAAUACCACAAGACCGGAGAGUUCAUCUCCUUCAGAUCGCUCUCCUCGUCGCUCUCCUCGUGAUGAACAACAGUCAGGUUCUGUUUCUUCAUGGUUCUCGCGAACUUUUAUUCCAAGCCCACCAGCGGGACCCCGCCUACGACCUUCUGGCUCACAUACGACGCGUCAGAGGCAACAAAAUCUCGAACAAGCUCUUCGAGGUCAGAUAAGUCUUCCGACUCCAUUACCACGGGCUAGACAGUCUCCAUCAAGUCUCCCGAAUCGCGACGGUUCUCCUUCUACUUCCAUUGGAAGUCAAAGAGAGGACCUUUCUUUUCCUACAGAAGCUUUUGUGGCACCAAGGCCAGCCCCUUCGCCACCUUCAAAAAAUAUGGUACCAAAUCCUACUGAAACCUUUCUCGCACCGAGACCAGCUCCUUCACCACUUUCGAGGAAUCUAGCAUCCAGUCCUCCGCAAAGGUCAAGACUUCCUACCUAUGGUGGCCGCCCUGUUCAGGGCCCUGGGUCGUCUGGUUUGGCAUCGCCGAGUCAAGUAACACCAGCUGUUUCUCCCCGUCAAGGUACUUGUAUUCCACCUGCAGCUGAAGUUCAAGUUCCCCCAAGCAGGGGUUCUCAAAAGUCUGGAGCCGCAAGAGAUAAGGUACCUAUUCGCAAUGUAGCUACUCCUCCUGUUGUUGUGCAACCAGAAAGUAUUACAUCUACCUCUUCAAGUAGUGAGCAACCUAUUCAACAAAAUCGGGCAUCUUGCUCUUUGUCCCCUCCGAGACCAACGGGGUUCGGAACUUCUCCGCGUUCAAAGAUACCUACUAGAGCUUCGACACCUAUGCGCAAGAGGGAAGUUGAGGAUAUUCCAGCCUCACUUGUAAGUUAUAGUUCUGAUUCACCACCUACGAUUGAAAAAGUUACCUAUUCUUCAGUUUCCGAUUCAUACACGGCCGAGAUUUCCACCCGAGAAAUCCAACCACUGUCACAGAAGCAACAGCAAGAACCUCUCCACGCUGCUGAGUUUCUCGUCAAAAGCAUUCCAGAGAGUUCUUCAAUGUUCUGUACCGCCUCACCUGUUACAGGUUCGUCAAUGUCUCCCGUUGAUUCUUCACCAGAAGUUCCACAAGUCGACAAUAUUGUCCACGUUCCAAAGGCUCGUGAUCAUACGUCUUAUGAGUUACCCAGCAACUUGAGUGUUUUAUUUUCAGGAUUUUCACGAAGACCUUCUCCAAAUAUCGGUAGUAGUACUAGGUCUUCUACCCCUUCCCGUGGUGGUAAUACGGGAGCCCCUGAUUUUGCAUCCGAAACGCCAGAGCAACGAGGAGCCCGACAUGCUGCGAAUCAAUCUGUUUAUGAUCGUAUGAGUCCGGUUUUGAGGCAGGCUCGCUCUGGGUUUGAGGCUGUCAGGGAUUGGGUUACUGAGAAUGGCGGAAGAAUGAAUAAGGAUAAUGACAAUACUCAAGAGUUCCCACAGACUGAAGAGGUCGUCAAGGAGACACCCGAAAAGGUCAUUCCUACCGUGGAAGGAAGUACCUUCACUACAGAUAUUUCUGAGUUUUUGAUCUCAAAUCUUUAUGAUCAAAGUCUUCAUAUCGAGUCCGAAGACGCAAUUUCAGACAGUAGUAUCAAAAAACCUACUUCCGAACUCGAAUCAAUACAGGCAGUCGCAUCAGGCGCUACAGAAAUCUCGACAUUGACCAACACUAGCGAAUCAAAUGCUUCUAUCGCUACUUCCGAUGUCGCCACCUCUGUUUCCGUCGUCAGACGACUUCGCAAGAAGACAAGUUUCUUCAAUCUUCGAGCUCCAGAGCCCAUGCCGGCUAAUUUACGCGUCACAGAUGACGAAUUUUAUCAUGAGAUCCCGACAACAUUGUUGGAUGCUAUUACACCCGUUGUUAAUUCUUUUGUUGGUAUGGGACUACUGGAGGGUUGCCUGUCCGACGAAGAGGAGGAGGAAGAAAAGGGUGUUCAAACCGAGAUGGUAUUGGAUAAUACCGAUAAUUUCAAGGAUAAAGAUCUUUCAUUUCAAGCUUUUCCUUCAGAUGAACAGAGAUUUUCGUAUACUCAAGAAGAUUUCCUCGACGAUUUCGAUGCUGAUGCUACUAAUUUAUCCUACCGAGCCAGCACACACGAUAAUACUGAGGUCCCCAUCGAUAUUGGAAUGUCUUUGGAACCUAGCUCACCGGAAGAAGAAGAAGUUGAAACCGAACAACAUGCCUUAGUUCAACCAGCUUCUACUACUGCGGACAUUCCGUUCCGCACAGAUGCAGAUCAAGUUUCCGGAGUUCAUCCAUUGAUCGCAGCGACAUACCCUUGGAACCCGCAUUUCCAAGGCGCUGAAGAGGAAUUCGGUGGUCCUGUUACUAUCAUCCCACCGCCUACAACUGCAGAUGGAUAUCUUAAUAUCCAAGCAUACUGGUCAGAUGGACGGCCCAUUCCCAUCGUCAGACACGGAGAUAUCGAUGUCGAGAAUUGUUACAAGGUGACCGAGGAAGAGAAGGUGAAGGUCGAAGGGGGUGAACAAAAGGGGCAAGAAAGGUCCGAAACUUUGGUUUCGGCGCCACAGUCAUUGAAAAAUGCUGUGGUUGAAAUUGCCCCCGAGGUUCCAAGACCAGGGUCUCGUUCCGAGCGACGUAGUCGCUCAAAGUCAUCGUUGUCGCGUUCUUCCAGCCAGUCUCAUUCGAGGAGACAUUCGAUAGCUCGCAAGACCAGGCGAACCAAGGCCAUGCAUAGGCUGAAUAUGCGGCCGACGGUUCUGAGCACGAUUUUGGAGGAGGGGGAGGAAGAGGGGGAAGCUGUGGCUGUGGACGGCCGAGACUCCAAGGAGUCGACGCGUUCAAGCCCAGCAAGUGGCAUAAUCCAGUGCCAAGAAACCAUGUCAGAGUGGUUACUUAGCACUGCGAUUUUGGACGAUAGAGGGGGGAUAUGGAUCCCCCCUGUUAUCAAGGAGAGGGAGUUUGAGGCGUUGGAGGGGUUGGAGGAGUUGAGGAGGGUGCGGGGGCGUGGGGUUGGGGUUGGGAGUGGGGUGAUGGAGUGGGGGGAGGAAGAGGAGGAAGAGUUGGAGAGGCACCUCUUGCCAUUGCGCCGUAAGAAGGUUGCCGCGGAGGAGUUAGAGCGGGAGAGGAGGGCUCUGCUCCGGAGGUGGGAGGAUAGUGAUAUCUCCAUUUUGGAGAUACCAGGGGAGGUGUUGAGGAGGUUGUGGGAUGAGGAGAAGGGGGGGUUGAGGGAGGUGACGGAGUUGGGGGUGGAGGAGGUGGACCUGAUAGUCCGUGAGACCCAGAGGAGUGCCGCGGGGGACGCGAUGCGGCGGGUUAAAAUGGAGGCGACGACGGCUGGUUCGUCGAGGUGGCUCAGAAUGAGCCCCUUGGCGAAACGGCAGUUCGUCAAGUUCAAUCUCACGGACUUGAAGGACAAGAUGGCGUUGGCGGCGGCGGUGAGGGGGGUAGAGGAUGGAGAGGGGAGGAAGAGGGGGUAUAGGGGGAGGAGGUGUUCGGAGACGUUCGUGGUUUUCGAGGCCAGGAGGAGGCGCGAAAACCACGAAAACGCUCCACCGGUGUUGGGGAUGGCCGUUGGGCGUCCCCGGAAGGAGAAGAGGAGUUUGUGGACGCGCUGUGGAGAGGCGGUCCAGGGGUUCUUCCGUGCUGCGGUUGCGCUUUCGAGCCAACCAAAGCCGAAGAAGGAGAAGGUGAAGGAGAAGGUGGAGGAGAAGGUGGAGGGGAGUGUGGAGGAGAGGGGGUAUGACGUAGUCCGGGUGGGGAGGGGACUACGUCGAGUUCAAAGGGGGGAUAGUUCCGUCAUUGCGCUACGGGCCCCCCCUACCCAGGUCGAUGAGGCUUCCGACCUGGGGAACCAGAAGAGGCACCGGCGGAAGAGAUCGGUGGUGAGGGGGCUGUUGAGCCCGAUCCUUCCAAAGGUCGGGGAGAGCAAAGUCGCUCGGAGAGAUUAA